CAUCAGGCUAGCUGGACAAUCGAUCUUCACCUCUCCACGCGUAGCAGAGUCUGUCAGCAUGACCCUUAAGCGCAUUACGGCUGUCAUUACCUGGCGCUGAGAGGCGCUGAGUACAACAUGGAUGGGACCAGCAUCUUCAUCGCCAUCCAGAAGGUCUACUACCCCCUGCUAUGCAUCGUGGGAAUCCCAGCCAACCUCUUCACCUUCUACAUGAUCUGCUUUCGCAAGUGCGGCAUGUCUGAGACCGCCAUAAUCUACCUGAGCUCGCUGGCCAUCAUGGAUACCUUCUACCUGAUCUGGGUGAUCCUGCUGGACCUGACGCUCACCUUCCUGCAGCCACAGCCCUUCUGGCACUCCCACCCGUGGUGCAGCAUACUGGGCUUCCUGCAGUACGGCGCCCUCUACAGCUCGUCCUGGAUCGUGGUGGUGUUCACCAUCGAGCGCUACCUGGUGCUCAGCAGCACCACCGCCAAGCAGCAGCUCUCCCAGGCCCGGGUCACCCUGCUCACGUGCGCCACCAUCGUCCUCACGUCCCACCUGGCCUCCGUCCCCAUGUGCUGGAUCAACGCGGUGACUCCCGUCAACCUGAUCCUGCCAGGGGGGGAGAACGUCACCAUGCCCCGGUGCCGGUACCGGGACGGGGCGUACUCCACCGUGCUGGUGUGGGUCACCACCUUCCUUUCGGGCGGCAUCCCCAUCAUCCUUGUCAUCAUCUUCAACUCGCUGAUCGCCCACCACCUGACGCGGGCCAGCCGGCUCUUCACCAAGGAGGAGCGGCGGACCCUGCGGGGGGCCACCAGCAGGGGGAUGGUCCGGCGCACUGUUCUGCUCCUGGGCACCGUGUCCGUGGCCUUCGUGGUCCUCAGCCUCCCCCGCUUCGUCACCUACUGCAUCCUCCGCACGGCCUACAACAACGACUCCUUCGACCGCAACGACUACUCAAUCCCCAUCAACGUGAUGGGCGACCUGGCCAACAUGCUGCAAAACCUCAACUCCACCACCAACUUCCUGCUGUACUGCAUGGUGAGCCGAAGGUUCCGGCAGGAGCUGCUCCACCUGCUCACCUGCGGGACCCGAGCCCGCCAGCUCGGCUCCCUCCUCACGCAGACCACCAUGAAGGUCUUCUCCGUCGUCGACCACAAGGCCGAGCCCACCAGGGACGCGGUCAGCAUUGUCCUCACCAAACUCAAGCACACCGAGUAG